AUGCCCGUAAGACAUCCCCCGCUUGGUUUUUUUGUCAAGUUCCAGUAUGAGGCCGUGUACGCGACGCCCAGAGUUCCCCGGCUUGUCACAGAUCUGUUCAUUAUCGACGCUCUUUUUCUGAUGCAAGCAUUGGCUGUGCUUGCUACUUGGUUCGGUAUCUCGAUCUUGUGUCUCCUACUACUGACCCACUGCCGAUCGCAUCCUGUGGGCAGCUGCAGGGGCUUUGUUUCAAAAGCUCACGCUGGCAUUCGCAGUCAUAGCUUUACACCCCUGACAGCACCACGAACCAUGCGAAGAUUUUGUGCCUCUCCGGAGCCCGCCGAUCUCAGUCGCUCUGUUCAAGCUGGUACCCCUCGAAUAGUGGAUUUCUGUCUUAGACUCCUAAGUCCCCUAGGCCUGUCUACCCCAUCGCCCCCUCCUCGAGUUUCCCCGGCGACUACUCUGAGCUCUGGCGACGAUCUGGCGACGAACGUAACUCUUUCAGAGACGGCUUCUGUAUCGGGCGAACCUUGUCUUGCUGUCGUGCCCUGUACCCCACCAUCUGCUGAUAGCCCGGCGGAGCUAGAUCCUUCACUGUCUGUCACGCGGGCAAGGGUUGUUCAGCCCCCAUCUUCCACGUUAAUUCCCACGGCUAGACUACCCUCACAGGCCCUGACAGAUGACUGCCUCCAGAGUCAGGCAAUAAUCCCACCAUCGAUCGACAUCUCGCCAAGUGGACGCGAUCGGUCCCGGCCUACCAGUAUACCACCUCAUUGUCCCACCGACGAAACUGCUCAGGAUGUCGAUCAUUUGGACCCUCCUUCGGAUCAGUUACCUGCGGUAAAGCCUUUACCUUUGGACGAUCUUACCCCUGGUCGCGGCCGAGUCCCAACCUUCCUUCAAAUCGCAGACGCACCCGCACCUUUGAAACCCGUAGACAAAGGAAAUGGCAAGGUUAAGACUGCGCCUGCUAGCGACUCUGGCAGAGUCGCGUCGUCUUCUGGACUUCCUGUCGAGGAGAAGACCCCGAGAGGUAAGGGCAAGCAAAAGCAGUCUACUCGCCAGUCCAGUCGUCGAGGCCGUGUGGCGCCCUUGCCACUCGCAUCCGAAUCUCAAGACAAGAAUAUUGGAAACACCGUGCUCUGGAUGAGGAAGAAUAAGAAGGGCAACCCCCGUGUUGGUCGAGAAGGCGAACAUGCGAGGCAGGAAUCUGGAUUGAAAGCUUAA